UUAUGGUAUUCAUAUUAUUGUGUUUUCUUUAGUUGUGCUGCAUCGGAUCCGGAGUAACAAUUAUUUCGUUCUCCUUCACACUUAUGUACUGGAAAUGAAAUUAAACAACCUUGAAGCUUGAAUCCUUAAAUAGGGCGCUGGUGGGAGAGUUCUAUUUCAACGAGGAAUGUUGGAGCAGAUCUCAAUAAACAGCUUUAAACACAGGAGAUUCUGCAGAUGCUGGAAAUCCAGAGUAGCUUUAAGAUUUCAUGGAGGGCGAGGAGCUGGUUCCAGUGCCAGCUAGAUCGCGGGCGUGAGAGCUCGUUUCUAAUUACGUUUGCUGAUAACCGUGUUACCCCCAACGACCUGAGCCGUGCAGAAUCUCCGGCUGCAACAUGGAAAGGCGGCAGUUCCCCAGCGCUCCGCUGACUGCUGACCUGCCCAGCCAGAAUCCGUGUUAAACCCGGCAGCAGUCCCCAACUUCAGGAAACUAACAUGGAGUUGACCAGUUUCAUGUUCACCUCUUUGCUUCUAUUUCACCAGCACACUAAGCUUGUAAGGGCAAUGAAUGAUCUUGGGGAGUACAUAACCACUGAUAUAGAAAUAUCCUGGUUGCCAAAUCUGGAUGAUUUAAUGAAGGGAUAUGCUCGUAAUUUUCGACCGGGAAUAGGAGGACCUCCUUUGAACAUAGCAUUGGCUAUAGAAGUUGCCAGUAUUGACCACAUAUCAGAAGCUAAUAUGGAGUACACAAUGACAGUUUUCUUGCGCCAGAUUUGGAAAGAUGAACGUCUCUCAUACAAUCACACAAACAAGACCCUUGGACUGGACAGUCGUUUUGUGGAUAAGCUGUGGUUACCAGACACAUACAUUGUGAAUGCAAAGUCAGCCUGGUUUCAUGAUGUUACCGUUGAAAACAAACUCAUCAGGCUUCAACCAGACGGAGUCAUCCUCUACAGUAUCAGAAUUACUUCCACAGUUGCUUGUGACAUGGAUCUCACCAAGUACCCAAUGGAUGAGCAAGAAUGCAUGCUGGAUCUUGAGAGCUAUGGCUAUUCAGCAGAAGAUAUUGUCUAUCGAUGGUCAGACAAUCAGGAUCAGAUACAUGGACUGGACCAAAUCCAGCUGGCUCAGUUUACAAUAACCAACUACUAUUUUGUUACUGAAAUGAUGAAUUUUAAAUCAGCAGGUCAAUUUCCACGGCUGAGUCUUCGUUUCUGUUUGAGGAGGAACAGAGGUGUCUACAUCAUUCAGUCGUACAUGCCUUCAAUCCUAUUGGUGGCAAUGUCCUGGGUAUCGUUCUGGAUCAGUCAGUCAGCUGUGCCUGCCAGAGUCUCCUUAGGUAUCACCACGGUGCUGACCAUGACAACCCUAAUGAUCAGCGCGAGGAAGUCCCUGCCUAGGGCGUCUGCCAUUAAAGCGCUAGACGUAUACUUCUGGAUUUGCUAUGUCUUCGUCUUUGCUGCUUUGGUUGAGUUUGCGUUUGCUCAUUUCAAUGCAGACUACAUGAGAAAGCAACGCGCCAAAAUUAAGACCAAUAAACCAGGUGGGCAGGAAAUUAAGAGAACUGGAAAGCAGGCAAUUGUCUUGUUCUCCUUGUCGGCUGCUGGGGUGAAUCAGGAGCUGCUCAUGUCCAACAGACUGCACAGAGCCAACAGACUGCUCCACAGAAAUGAAAUCGAGAAUGGGAAAGCACGGGCAGACAGGCAGAACACAGCUCUUCACAAGAAGCUGACGCUCAAGUCCAUAUUCAGACCUAUUGAUUCUGACACAAUUGACAUUUACGCAAGGGCAGUCUUCCCAGCUGCCUUUGCUGCCGUGAAUGUCAUUUACUGGGUGGCGUACACUAUGUAAAAAUCCAAGAUUGCAAAGGAGAAUGAAAUAAUUGUUACUCCAGAUCCAAUGCAGCCCAAAAAAACACAAAGAACGAUAAAGAACGAUAAUAAUAAAAACGCAAUAAACAUAAACACUUAAGAUAGGUUAUAUACAUAGAUCGAUUGUAUGACCAUAAAGUGACACUGGGCACAGAAAUGUCUGGACAUAAAGUGACUCUGACAUGAAAUGAUAAAGUAGUGAUGGUUGAGGUGUGGAGGGGUGGUUUAGUGGGUGGAGGUGUUAAUCAGCCUUAUUGCUUGGGGAAAUUAAUUUGAACAUGGAAGUCCUUGAUGGGAGUGGGACAAACAGUCCAUGGACAAUGUCAGUGCAAUCUUUCAUGAUGUUACUGGCCCUUUUCCAGCAUGUUUCUGUAUGUAUGACUUUGAUGGUGGGUAGGCUGAUGCUGGUGAUGUGCGGGACAGUUUUGAUUACCUGUUGUAGAGCCCUUUACAAUGAAGAAAUGGGGGUUAUGUUAAUAUUGGACAGGAAAAGUGAACAGAUAAUGCCAAACCUCCAGAGAGACAGUGCUCCAUUUUCUAAGGUGACUCUCUCAGCCCACUAGCUUUAAAAUCACUCUCUAAUUUACCGAAUUGGAUGAAAAUAAGGUAUCAGGUCAGAAACAACCAAAUGAAUUAUACCUUGACACACCUUUUAUAUGUAGAUGAUUUAAAAUGAUACCCUCAUCAGUAAAACUAAAGCAAUUAAUUCAAAUAGUAGAAACACUUUCAAAUGGUAUAAGCAUGACCUUUGGACUAAAUAAGAGCAGAACAUUAAAUAUAAAGAAAGGUACAUUCGAGCUCGUAGAAUAUAAAACAAAGCAGCAUGAUAUGAUGCAACUGAGGGAUGAUAUGAAACAUAUAAGUAUUUAGGAUAUCAACAAGCAAAGAAAUAAGAUCAUAGUGAGAUAAAUGAAAACAUUUGACAGAAUUUACUUCAAAGCUUAAGAAUAUCUACCAAACAGAGCUAAAUAGUAAAAUAUAAUAAAUGCAACAAACUCUUUUGCUAUAUCCAUAUUAAUGUAUUCUUUUUGCAUAAAAUCUUAAUCUGAAAUUGAUCUGGAAAAUUUACAAAGACAAAUAAGAACUGAAAUGACAAUUUUUAGAAAACACGAUGUACACUCAAAUGCACUUAGAUUAACACUUCCAGGAAAAGAGGAGGACGAGGAAUACCAGACAUUAUAAAUUUACACACCAGUCAGAUAAAACUUCUAUAGAUAUACUUUCAUCAACGAAAACAGGAUUCAACAUUCUAUGUAAGUGUAUGCAAUUCUGAUAAGAAGUCCAUACCACUAAACUUAAGUGAAAGCACAACCCAGAAAAAUCAAGAAAUUAUCACCUGAGAAGAAAAAGUUAACCACUGGAAGAGCAUGACCCUCCACAGAAAACAUCCCAAGAUCUGAGCAGACUAGAUAUUGACAAGUAAAUGUUGAAUACCUGGCUCGGAGUUGGAGACCUCUGCCCAAAAACAGAAGGGUUCCUUUUGAAAAUACAAGAACAGGUGGGUAACACAAAAAGUGAUCAAAAUGUACAAGAAAAGACCAACAAAUUCAAGAUGAUAAAUGCAGAAAAUGCCAAGAGAAGCCAGAAACAAUCCAACACAUUACAGGAUCCUGGGGCAGUUCAGGUCAAGUCAAAUCACUUUUUAUUGUCAUUUUAACCAUAACUGCUGCUACAGUACACAGUAAAAAUGUGACAAUGUUUUUCAGAACCAUGCUGCUACAUGAAAAAAUACAAAAAUGACACUGAACUACGUAAAACAACACAAAAACUACACUAGACUCAAACUAGACUCAAACUGAGUACUUACACAGCACAAUCAAAUGGCAAACAUCAUUCACCAAAAUCUUGCUUUAAAAUACAAAGUCAUAAGGCCACAAUAGCUUGCUAUAAGUACAAGCCUGAUCUAGUUUUAGAGUCAGAGUCCCACAAAAAAUGUUAUGACUGAUCCAUUAUUACAGCUAGGACAAUCCAUAAUAACUGUCUGGAUAUAAUACUGUAUUACAGGAUAAAUAAGCAAGAGCAACUUAAUUAAUAGAUAAAGCCAUUCCAAACACACAAAACAUACAGAAAUCAAUAAGUGAAAAAGACCAGAAAUAUGCUGAAUUAAAAGAGGAAAUUGAAAGACUUUGGGACAUGAACAGGGUAUACGUUGUCCCAAUAGUAAUAGCUACAACUGGUAUCAUCCCAAAGUCACUACACAAUAGCAUUAAACAACUAGGCCCGCACAGCAAAUGUUUAUGUAAAUCUUCAGAAAACCACAAUACUUAACGACACUAGAAUAGCCUGGAAGUUCUUAGCAAUAGAGAAAUGAUUGUGCUUAGCUAUGCCCAUCCCUCCGUUUUACCAGCUUGAGCUGAGAAAAAAAUUUAUUUAUAGAGAACUUUUCAUAAAGAAAAUGUAGUUCAAAGUGCUUUACAAUGGGAUAAAGUGCAAAUAUGAAAGUAAAAUUAAAGAAUAAAAAUAAACAUGAAAAUAAAAAAACAAAAACAUUUUAGCUAAAAGCAAGGUUAAAUAAAUAGAAUUUGAGCUGACGUUUAAGUGGCUUAAACAGAGCCGACCAGAGGUGUUAUCGCCUUUUUAAACAUUUUCCCAUGAUCAUAAGACCCUACUGCACAUUAAGAACUUAAAGCACUGCAGAUCCAUCCAUCAUCGUGCUGCUCAUUUUCAGAGGAAUUGAAGGAAUUGGACUUAGUGCGGACUCUGUUGCUGCCUGCUGCAGAGAGGUAUCGGAAUCAGUGCACAAAGGCAGUGUGCAGUCUAACAGAGAGUGAUUGUCUUAGUCUUUUUCCUUGUGAUUACAAGACCCUGUUGUACAUUGGUAAGAUGAAAUGCUGCAAGUCCAGUUCGCUGGUUUAUUAGCAGGACCGAUGGUGAAGGAGCUGCAUAGCUUCAGUCAUAGUGAGAACUGGACCUCAAGCCGCUGGGUCACCCGUUCACAGCCAUCCAGGAGAGAGGUGUUGGAGUCACUGCUAGAGGCAGUAUGGCACAGCGACCAUGCUGGUGCUGCUGGCCUUCAGUGUUCAUUCGGAGGAAGACAAACUGUAUUGUGUUCAACUGCAGACUGCUGCAACAUUCAUGGACUCAGGAACUUGGAAUAUAUUUGUUCUUUUUUGUGACUGUAUUUUACUGCUAUCUUGUAUGUGCUAUAUGUGCUGUGCUGUGUGUGGCUAUUGAUACUAUGUUUUGCACCUUGGCUCUGGAGUAAUGCUGUAUUAUUUGGCUGUAUUCAUGUAUGAUUGAAUGAAAAAUUAAACUUGAAUUAUACAAUUAAAUUUGAA